AUGUUUUUUCUUUCAUUCUUUCUUCUUUUUCUUAAUAUUCUAAUCUCUCUCUCUCUCUCUCUCUCUCUCUCUCUCUCUCUCUCUCCUCCUCCUCCUCUUCUCCUUAUUCGACUUGCUCUCUUUAUGGUCUUACUUCCCCACUCUCUCAUUCACAACCUUACUCUCAAUUUGCUUAGAAAUGAUGAUCCUGUUAUAUAUUCUAUAUUGAUUUUCUGUUUUCUUUCUCCUCCACAGGGAGUCCACCUAGAGGAUUCUUCCUCAGGCUCUCGAGGCUGGACAGAAAACGAUUUGGAAUACUUCAUCAAGCAACUAACCAACCCACAGCUAUACACCAACAAAACCACAUCGACUUCAUCCAGCUGGUCGACAUCAUCUCACCAUCAACAGGUCACUACACACACCACUUCAACAUUUCACUCAGCCGACAGUCUAUCAACAGAUGUGCACGAAAAGUGUCACAUUGGUUCCCCUUCAAACUUGCGCAGUCGGAUAGUGGCCCCUUAUGAUAGUCAGCUAGGAUCAGACGGCUGCUUGUGUCACGAAAAGACGAAAAAAAGCAAAAGUCGGACGUUCAUCAAAACCAGCAAAGAGCACAAAACACGCAGCUCUAAUUACGAGGAUUCAGUUGAGAUCUCUGUGGACUCUGUUCUGGACGAGGGCUUCUCGUCAUCGAACCGGCCACAUUCUUGUCAGAACGUCGUCUAUACGACUAGCACCGCCACUUCCAACAUCACGUCUUGUACAGGGUCAGGGUACUGUGCCCAUUUCGCCGACUCUUGUUCGGAUGACCCGGAUUCAUCCGACAGUCCGCACCAGCAGGUUUCCAAAAGGGACAAGUGUGCUGAUGGGUGUAAAAAAGAACAUAAACGGCAUUUCUUCCAUCGGAUGAUACCACGGCCUCUGAGGAGGAGUCACAGUUGUGGGACGGCAAAGGAUCUAGCAACAACAGUAAAAUCCAAAACGACCGAAAUUGAAUUGUCUGAUAAAGUGUCUCAAAGCAAAUCUUCUUCAAUACGCAAGACGUCUUCCUUUGAUGCAAGGACGUUAUAUCUGCCUGACGACCUGGAUGGGACAUCCUCUUCAAAACCCAAAUCUCGGAACUUGGCCUGGAACGUCAAACGCAAACUGCACUUUUUACGAAGACACCACACUGACUCUUCUCUCCCAGAGAGAUUCCCCAAAGUCAACAUGGUGAAUGCAGCAAAAUGGGGGAAAUCUUUUGAUGCUUUAAUCAGGGAUAAAGAUUUGCAUUUUUCAUAUUCUCUGCAUUUCCUACACAUUCAUCAGUGCAAUUUUUUUUUCUCCCUUCCUCCGACUACGGAAACGUCCCCGCCCCAAUAA